AUGCAGUCACUGUGGAAGAAUGAGUCCAGCGUCUCAGUCUUUACACUCUCUGCUCUGAGUGAAACAAUGGAGAACAGAUAUGUUUUGUUAACUUUCACCGCAUUGUUUUAUCCUCUGGUUGUCUUCUGUAAUGUAACUGUGAUCCUGACUAUUUUCUUACAUAAGAAGCUUCAUGAACCAAUGUAUGUGUUUAUAUGCAAUCUAUGUGUAAAUGGGGUUUAUGGCACUUCUGGAUUCUACCCUAAGUUCAUGUAUGAUUUGUUAGCCCAGGAUCAAGUGAUUUCUUAUGCUGGAUGUAUGAUACAGAUACUUGUCAUUUAUUCAUAUCUUAUUUGUGACUUCUCAACACUAACCGUGAUGGCGUAUGACAGGUACGUGGCAAUAUGUAGACCACUGGAGUAUCAUUCAAUAAUGACUAAUCAGAAAAUUUUUAAAUGUAUUCUUUUCUGUUGGCUGCCUGCGAUAUUUUCCAUCUCUUUUCUGAUUUUAUUGCUAGUUAGGCUGCCUUUAUGUGGCUCUACUAUCGAAAAGUUAUAUUGUGAGAUUUGGGCAGUGGCGAAACUUUCAUGUGUUUCUACAACUGUAAAUAACGUGUUUGGGUUCAUUGUUAUUCUUACUUAUUUUGGGCAUGCGGUGUUGGUGUUUUGCUCGUACAUCUACUUAAUGAGAAAGUGCAGGAAAUCAAUAGAGGACAAGAACAAAUUCAUACAAACAUGUGUGCCGCACAUUCUCGCAUUGAUGAAUGUGACAAUUGCCAUGUUGUUUGAUGUACUGUUUACUCGCUAUGGCACAAAGAAUGUGCCACAAAGUCUGCGUAACUUCAUGGCCAUGGAAUUCCUACUAGUACCACCCAUUUUAAACCCUCUCAUUUAUGGGCUAAAAAUGAAAACAGUACGCCAGGAAAUUAUUAACAUGUUUUUCAGGAAAACAACAGAGAAUAUCUAA